AAAGCUCUGUAAUUCUCUUAAUACGCUCCCAGCACUUGUGUAUCAGCCAAUGUGGCAGCAGAACUGCGAGUAGGAGCAGCUUUGUCUUUGUGCAGCACCGACAGAGACACAGAGAGAGUCAGGGGCACUGGUCCGUAGCCUGGACAAGCAUUGCUGGGAGAUCUCGUUGUACAGUUGAGUAGAAGCCGGGGGCAAGCUUUGGAUACGGAAACUUUGCUGCCAUCAUUCCUCUUCAAUAUCCUUUCAAGCCUGCUUGUGCUGCCCACUCAUUUAAACGCACAGGAUUAAACCAGCACAAAUAAGGCUAAAAGGAACAGAUGGACUGAAAGAUAAAGUGACGUUUCCACUAAUACUGGGAGGUCUCUGGGAAGAGGGUGAGGGCGGGGGUUCGCCUGUCUCGGGGUCGGCGAGGAAUAAAAACAUGGGAGUUGCGAGGAGCGGGCGCUGUCCACUUCUCUGCUGGUGCUGAACUCCGCCGCGGCUCUAGGGAGAGAGGAGGGAGCGGUGCGGGGCGUUUAUUCUGGUUCAAGCGGUACAACUGACCGACACGAUCCAUUGGAGUUAACACAAACCCCGGGCUGUUUGGGAAAAAAAUCUUUUAUCACUUGUCCGUGGGAAUUUUAUAUCGCUAUUUUGCAUUUUAUCCUGGAUUAAUUUGGUGACCGCUUGAUAAACACUUUGGAUAUAACCACAAGACUUUUUAUUAUUGGUGAGGGCAUUUUGUGAUAGAUAAAGAUGCUGAGUUGGCAGUCUGCAGCUUUGUGCAUGGGUUGUUUUUUUCUUUUAACUGAAGGAAGACCAGCAAAAGAAGAAUAUUCUCUUAAACCAUUUCCACCAUUUAUGAGACUACGACACAAGCAAGACAGAUAUCACGAGAGCACAAGAAACAAAGGGUUCUUUGGCCAUGAAGAAAGACAUUUUGGAACUUGUGAAAAUAGAUACUGCGGACUUGGGAGGCACUGUAUGCUUAACAGAGAGACUGGACUCGCGGAGUGCACAUGUAUGGAACACUGCAAGCCUCAUUUCAAGCCCGUUUGUGGUUCUGAUGGAGAAUUUUAUCAAAAUCACUGCGAAGUACAUCGAGCAGCUUGCCUAAAAAGACAAAAGAUCUUCAUGGUUCACAAUGAAGACUGCUUUUUUAAAGGUGACAGAUGCAAAGCAACAGAAUACAGCAAGAUGAAGAAUACAUUACUGGAUAUACAGAACCAGAAAAAUGAGAGAAAAGAAAAUGACAGGAACAGUAAAGAUAAAAUGGGACUAAAAAAACUGUUGGUGGACCAGAUGUUUAAAUACUUUGACAGCGAUAACAAUGGACUAGUGGAUAGUAAUGAAUUAUCUCAGGUAGUAAAACAGGAUGGGCUUUCCAAAGUACUGCAUGACUGUUCACUGUUUGACCUAAUUAAGUAUGAUGAUUACAAUGGUGAUAAACAUCUUGGUCUAGAUGAAUUCUACAGAGCAUUUCAAAUUGUUCAACUGAGCCUUCCCGAAGAUCAGCUCAUUAGAGUCACAACUGUAACUGUCGGACAAAGUGUUGUCUUAAUCUGCACCAUCCAAGGAAAUACAAGGCCUCCCAUUAUUUGGAAGCGUAACAAUGUGAUUCUCAACAAUUUGGAUUUAGAAGAUAUCAGUGAUUUUGGAGAUGAUGGAUCUUUAUAUAUUACCAAGGCUACCACAACUCACAUGGGAAAUUACAGUUGCCAUGCUGAUGGCUAUGAUAAGCUUUAUCAGAUUCAUAUUCUCCAAGUGAAUGUGCCACCUGUUAUUCGAGUCUAUCCAGAAAGUCAAGCCAGAGAACCAGGGGUGACUGCCAGCCUUAGAUGCCAUGCGGAUGGAAUACCCAAACCACAGCUCAGUUGGCUAAAGAAUGGAAUUGACAUGACUCCAAAAUUAUCCAAACAGCUAACAUUACAAGCAAAUGGCAGUGAAGUUCACAUUAGUAAUGUGCGCUAUGAAGACACUGGUGCCUACACAUGCAUUGCAAAGAAUGAAGCUGGCGUGGAUGAAGAUAUUUCUUCUCUGUUUGUGGAGGACUCUGCUAGAAAGACACUUUCCAAUAUAUUGUGGCGAAAAGAAGGUUUCGGGAUUGGAAACUUAUUUUAUGUAUUCAAUAGCGAUGGUAUCAAAGUGAUCCAGCCUAUAGAAUGUGAAUACCAGAGGCACAUUAAAGCCAGUGAAAAAAUCUUCGGUACACAGGGUGAAGUCUGUCCCAAACUUGAUGGGCAAGAAACUCAGAGAUGCCAAUGGGCAUCUGCAGUCAGUGUCAAAGACAAAUUUAUAUAUGCAUCUCAACCUCAUCUGAACAGGGUUCUUCUGGUUGAUGUACAAACACAAAAAGUUGUACAGACAGUAAGCACUGACCCUUUUCCUGUAAAACUGCACUAUGACAAGUCACAUGACCAGGUCUGGGUUCUGAGCUGGGGAAACAUGGAUAAAUCAUCUCCCACAUUGCAGGUUAUCACGCAAGCCAGUGGAAGCAUUUCCCAUCAUACCAUUCAUACUCAGCCAGUUGGAAGGCAGUUUGACAGAGUUGAUGAUUUUUUCAUUCCUGAUACCACACUUAUUAUCAGUCACAUCAGAUACGGAUUUAUUCUCCACAAAGAUGAGCCAGCUCUUCUAAAAAUAGAUUUGGAAACAAUGUCAUACAUCAAGACAUUCAGUUUGAAGGACUAUAACUGCAUUCCCCAGUCUCUUGCAUACACACCAUUUGGGGGUUAUUAUUUUAUCCACUGUAAACCUGAUAGCACUGGAGCUAUUGUACCUCAAGUCAUAGUGGACAGUGUGACCGAUACAGUAAUUGGAUAUAACAGAGAUGUCACUGGUGCCCCUUAUAUCUCUCCAGAUGGUCACUAUCUUGUCAGUAUUGAUGAUGUCAAAGGACUGAUGAGAGUUCAGCUCAUCUCAAUUCAAGGAGAAAUUCAGGAUUUAUUUGACAUUCACACUAAUUUGCAUAUAUCUGAUGUAGCUUUUCAAUCAUCAUUUCUAGAAGCUCACCAGUACAAUGUCUAUGCAAGCUCCAGUACCCAAACUGAUGUCCUCUAUGUUGAGCUGUCAUCUGGAAAGGUUAAAAUGGUGAAAAGCCUAAAAGAACCAUUGAAGUUAGAAGAGUGGCCUUGGAACUCUAAAAAUCGGAUUAUCCAGGAGAGCGGCCUCUUUGGACAAUACUUGAUGACACCUUCCAAGGAAUCUCUGUUUAUCUUAGAUGGACGACUCAACAAAUUAAACUGUGAGAUCACUGAAGUUGAGAAAGGAAACACAAUUGUUUGGGUUGGAGAACCAUAGAAACUGUAAUUAAAAUACAAUAAAGACAAACAUUUUUCUUUUCUUUUUUCCUUGUAAAUUUCUUUUUUUAGUGCUUUAAGCUUUAACCACUCAUGCAGUCUAAAUAAUUUUGCAACAAAUGGUAAUCUUCAUUAUAAAGAAUAAUAAAUAUGUUUCAUAAAAAAAGGGUUUCAUAACGAGUAGCUGGGAUUCAUACUGAAAAUGAAUAACUGCAGCAACUUUUUAUAGCUUUCAUAUAAUAACAUGUGAACAAAAAAUCAAGAAAAGAAAAUGAGCUACCAGACUUUAACUUUAAUUUCCUUUAUUAAACUACAGUAUAUGUUUGCAUUUGUUUGCUGAAAAGAGCAAAUAUGUCUGUCCUGAGGUCUUGAAACACUUUGUCAGUCUUGCCACCAGUUAAUUUGUGCCUUUGGUGGAAUAUUUUGUAUGAAACAUAAAAUUGGAAUAUGUUUAAUUCAGUAGCACUGGGACUAUUGAUUGCCGAGGGAAGAAGCAUUUCUAAUCUCUGUCAAGAUUUUGUACAAUUGUACAAUAUUUGUUAUAACUACUAUUUAAUUUACUGUAUUCUCUUCUGUUCAUCCUGUGAUGUUUGUUUAGAAUAUUUUCAUCUGCUUCUUGAGCAUUUUUUCAUUUAGAUCUAUGAGACAGGAUUUAUCACAGACAUUCACAUUUUUCUUCAGUACAAUAGCUUUCAGGUGAAAAACAAAAUAUGGUGUGUUUCAUACCAAAAAAAUAUUUUCAGCCAUCAGAGAUAUAAAUGAUUGUCCAUUAUUAAUCAGUCAAAUGUAUACAGCAUACAAAUACACUGAAAUUAUCUGCCACCUAAAAUACGACAAAAUCCAUGUUGUUAUUUUAUAUGUAGAAAUAUAAAAAUGGAACAUAUUCUCAUUGGCUCCACUGCUAAAAUAAUCAACUUUGUCUUGAGUUAGCUGAUAAGAUGAUGAACCAAGGCCCACAUUUGUUUUAAAUGUCAUGUUUUUUAAAUUUGAGCAGAAUUAAUUGUACAUUUCAAUCUAAACUAUCACCCACUUUGAAUGAAAUUACAUGUGAUGGUUUGCAAAAUGUGGUUCUUUAAUCAAUAAAUGGAGAUAAACCUAAAGCAGUAAAAAAUGAACACUUAGGAUAACCUUUUUAAAGAGUGCAUUAUUUCUGGCACGUGAUAUGAAAUAUACUGAUGUAGGGGAGGAAGCUGCAUUAAGUAGCUGAAAAUAGAAUGAUUACUGGUACGAACAUACGUGGCAUUUAGCAACAUUCAGGAUUAGCAACAUUUUUAUACCACUUAAUAUACCCUUUGUCAGUUUAAAUUUUAGAGAGUGUUUUGUGAUUAUAAACUGCUAAAUAAACUAGAAGGUAUGAAACUAGAUGAUAUAAUGUACAGAAUUCUUUAGAAUUAAGUACAAUAGAAAGAAGGUAAGCUAAAUUAGAAUUAAAAACAUGUAUCCUAUCCUGGUUCCCUUACAAGGAUCUCCAAUGCAAAAUAAAACUGUGUAAUAUUUGUUUUAAUUGUGUUACUUGACUAGUCUGUCACUUUUUCAUUGUUGUUCUACUACUGACACCAUGUUGAUGUUCUGUAUGUAGCAAAUGCUUGAAAGAGAAUAAACCCUUAUGUUUUAA